GUCGGCUAUAAUGAGUGUAAUCGACGGCAUAUCGAGGACUCGGAGACGGUAUGCGUCUGUAAUGCCACACAUUGUGACCAAUUUCCGCCACUUUCGCGACCAAAAAUCGGUUACAUAUCAGUGUUUGAGAGCAACCGAAACGGCGAUCGUUUCAAAGAGUCGGCGCUUAAAUUCAAGCCCUUUUACGGUAACAUUAAUUGCGUUAAAAAUCAUUGCCUAAAAAAGUCGGCCAAAGACUCGCAGCUGACUAUAACGGUGGACAAGAAUCGCAAAUACCAGAAGAUAUACGGCUUCGGCGGUGCGUUCACCGAUUCGGCCGGUUAUAUGUUGUCGUCGGUGGACCCGGCGUUGGCCGCCGCCGUCAUCGACAGCUACUACUCGGCCACAGGUAUUGAGUUCUCGUUCGGUAGGGUUCCCAUCGGCGGCACUGAUUAUUCCCUCCGUCCCUACACUUACGCCGACGCCUAUAAUGAUAAGCAAUUGAAAUACUUUUCGCUGCAAAAGGAGGACUUUGAAUGGAAAAUGCCAUAUAUAAAACGGGCGCAGAGUGUGUGUCCGCACACCCUUAAGCUGAUAGCCAGCAACUGGUGUCCACCGGUUUGGAUGAAACAAAUUGAACAACACAUCGGUUACAGUGAACUCAAAGGCGAGAUCGGCGGUGAAUAUUAUCAGAUUUUGGCCAAUUAUAUAGUCAAAUUUUUGGACGCAUACAAAGAGAACGGCAUAACAAUGUGGGGACUGACCACUCAGAAUGAACCGGCUGAAGACCAUCAGCUUAACAAUAUGCAAAUGUCACCCGAAUCGCUCAAACGUUUCAUCGAGAUCAAUUUGGGCCCAACACUAGCGCAGGCGGGCUAUAAUAAAAACAAACUAAAAUUAAUGAUCUUAGACGACAACACGGUUAGUUUGACCAAUUGGACGGACACUGUCUUAACCGACAAUAGUUUGCUGCAAUACGUGUCCGGUAUAGCCAACCAUUGGUAUUACAACGAGAGGUUGGGCACUAAGGCUGUGGGCGCUAUACUAGAGUACGUGCGGCACAAACAUCCCGACUAUUUUGUCAUUAAUACGGAGGCGUGUGUUCUGGACGGCCCGGGCAAUGGCAAGUGGUCCUACGCCGAGCGGUACGCCAUCGACAUAAUCAAUCAAUUGAACCACUGGGCUGUGGGUUGGAUAGAGUGGAAUCUGGCGCUGGACGUGACGGGCGGGCCCACAUGGUUUGAACGCCAGGGUUGCGGUGGACCCGUCUAUAUUGACCCGCUUAAGGGCGAGGCCUACAAACAGCCCUCGUUUUACUCGUUGGGCCACUUCAGCAAAUUUGUUUCGCCCGAUUCCGUCCGCAUCGGCCACGAGAUAGUGAACGGCGCCGAAGGGGUACACGUGUUGACAGCCAAACGGCCCGACAAUGGGGUGGUUGUGGUGGCACUCAAUGCCGGCGAUACCGACAUUGAGCUCAAUAUAAAUAACCAAAAUAAUUGGGUCGUCAAUAAACUGCCCUCACAUUCAAUACAGUCUUAUAUCUGGCAU